UCGUAGACCAGAAGUGGUUACCAUGGCGAUCAAAAGGCUCUCGAGAAAGGCACAGAAGCUAGAGGAAGAGGAAGAGGGAAUCUACCCGUGCCCUCGUAUCCGUCCACCCAAAGCCCCGAACCUUUCAAUCCUGUCCCCCUUGCCGCCUUUUGUUUCUUUGCCUCAAGCACUCGCACUCUACCACUCCAUAUCUCCACUGCUUCGUCGUCGCAAGAACCGGAGCAGCUAGAGCACGUACGCAGCUAGCCGACAAGUGUGCGACACGGGAACGAGGCGUGUUCAUGUGCGUAUGGGAUGAGCCGGCGGUGUGAGCGAUUCGCCGUGGCCAGCAUAUGGACCGCGGGGAGAGGGCGGGCGCCGGCGCCGUCGGCAGCGCCGGCAGCCUCGGGCUCCGUGUCGGGCAAGCCGUCUUCUCGUCGGCGGCGCUCAUGUUCAUGUCCGUCGGCGUCGAGUUCUUCAGCUAUACUGCCUUCUGCUUCCUGGUCACAAUCAUGGGCCUGGUGAUCCCCUGGAGCUGCGCGCUCGCCAUCAUCGACGUGUACUCCGUACUCGUCGGGCACCCGCUCCGCAUGCCUGGUGUCGUAGCCAUCGUCGUCGUCGGAGACUGGGUACUGUCGAUACUCUCGCUGGCGGCUGCCAGCUCGAGCGCCGCCGUCAUCGACGUCCUCCUCGAGUUCCAUGGAUCACAAUGCCCCCCGAGGCUGUGCGAGAGGUACCAGCUCUCAGCGAUGAUGGCGUUCCUGUCCUGGCUCCUCACGGCCGCUUCGUCCCUUUUCAACCUCUGGUGCCUCGCCUCCGGGUGAGGGUGACCACCGAUGGAGAUACGAGUUCCAAACUAACUGCAGUGUGAUCCCGAUCGAUGGGUCAUGAUUUUGGGUGUAGUAUAUGUAUAGCUUGGGAGAAUUUUUGUACCUCUGGCUAAUUAAGCCUGCCAUUCUUGGCUUAUGACGCCCGACUGUGUCUGAACUCCGAAGUUACGAUUUCCACUGAUCAGCUCCAUGCGAAACCAUACAUUCGCA